AUCUUUGGGCAGCCGCACGCUCAGCUGUAGGAAGGGCCCUUUUAUUUUGGCAGUGAGCUUGAUCCAUGAUAAAUGUUGUUGGUGCUUAUCAAGCUAAUGUUGACCCAUUUAACAUAAUAUUUCUAGAUCAGCAAAGAUGUCAUCGCCACUAUCAAAGCCUCAGAUUAUUGCGCAUAUUCAGAAGAGUCUGAACUACACCGUUUUUGACAGUAAAUGGAUUCCGUGCAGCGCGAAGUUUGUCUGCAUGGGGAACUUUCCUAAAGGAACCGGAGUUAUGCAAAUAUAUGAAAUCCAGCACGGAGAGGCUCAACUUAUCCAGCAGGUAGAGAAACCUAAACCUAUAAAGUGUGGGACAUUUGGGGCCACCUCUCUUCAGCAAAGACACAUAGCAACUGGGAAUUUUGACGGAAAUCUCAAUAUAUGGAAUCUAGAGAUGCCUGAAGUGCCAGUGUACACUGUAAAGGCUCACAAAGAGAUAGUGAAUUGUAUUGAUGGUGUUGGCGGUUUGGGGAUUGGCGAUGGUGCACCUGAGAUAGUUACUGGAAGCAGAGAUGGUACAGUAAAGGUGUGGGAUCCCAGACAGAAGGAUUCACCUGUAGCUAACAUGGAGCCCGUGGAAGGAGAAACCAAGCGGGACUGCUGGACUGUUGCAUUUGGUCAUGCCAUUAAUGAUCAGGACCGUUGUGUUUGUGCCGGCUAUGACAAUGGGGACAUCAAACUCUUUGACCUGCGGAAUAUGUCUGUACGGUGGGAAACCAACAUUAAAAAUGGGAUAUGCUGUGUGGAGUUUGACAGGAAAGACAUCAUCAUGAACAAGCUGGUGGCAACCUCACUGGAGGGAAAAUUCCACGUCUUUGACAUGAGGACCCAACACCCAAGCAAGGGCUUUGCCUCUGUUUCCGAAAAGGCUCAUAAGUCGACCAUCUGGCAGGUGAGACAUUUGCCUCAAAACAGAGACAUCUUCAUGACUACAGGGGGAGCAGGCACUCUACAUCUCUGGAAAUAUGAGUAUCCUGCUCAGAGAAGCAAGAAGGACUCAGAUGGUGUGGAUGUGGGCGUAGCCGGCUCUGUCAACCUCUUACAGAACGUAACACUGUCCACUCAGCCAAUCGCCAGUCUGGACUGGAGCCCUGAUAAGCAGGGCCUGUGUGUGUGUUCAGGCUUUGACCAGUCUGUCCGUGUGCUCAUUGUCACCAAACUCAAUGUGGUGUGAAAAGAAAAUCACUAAAGGGAGGAUCUGUGCAGCCCAAAACAAAGCAAGAUGCAGUGCUGAGAUGCACCAACAGUGUGUAAAUCGCUGCCUUUUUCUGGGGCUGAAUUGUAACCCUCUUCGUAUUUGAACUGAUGAUAUUUUAUGACAAGACAACACUUUGCUGCUGCAGAUUUUGGCAGCUGUUCAUCCAGAUUUUAUACAAUUGACACUCAUCUUUAGGUUUUUCUUGCCAGAUAAACAUUUGACUCGAAACAUGUAAUGCUUGGCUGAGCUCUGCAGGUAAUGUUC